AUGGAAUCCAAUGCUUGGGACCUGCCAGAGAUCAGGGCCCUCAUCGUACCUUACCUCUCUCCCGCUUCUCUACACGCCUGCGUCUUGGUGUCCAAGGUCUGGCACGACUUCUUUAUCCGGCUCCUAUGGGCGACUUUUCAUUUCGGACCUCCUAGAAAAACCAGCACCACCAGCAGCUCAGACGAACCACAGCUUCCUGAGAGGGCAACCAUCGAGAAACACGCCCACCUCAUCCAAAACCUUGUCGUCUUUGAUCUUACACCCACCUUUCGUCUCGACCUCUUCAGGGGCACUCCACUCACAUCUCUGAAGGAACUCCAUCUUUCCCCGAGUAUCAGUUCCAAUACAACAAACACCUCCCAUCUAGACUGGAUCUUUCGUCAGAACCCCGGGUUGCAGGUGGUCGAGUAUAAUGGUACGCGGUCCAAGAGCCAGUGGUCACAGCGCAAUACACUGGAGCAGCAGCAGCAGGAGCAGCAGGAGCAGGAGAAGGAGAAGGAGGAGGUUCUGGUGCUGUUGGAUAGCUGUCGAGAGAUUGUGGAUUUGACGAUGAGGUAUGUCGAGUUUAAGGAGGAGUAUUGGGAGGGGUUUCGGAGGUUGUGCGCGACGAAGCUGAAGAGGCUGGUGUUUUAUCGUGGUCGCGGGUUGGAGGAUGCUAAGUGGGAUGGGAUUCCGAUGCCGCAUUUGCAGGAGCUGGAGAUUUUAAGUGCUGAUGGUUUUGUUAUGGUUCCUAAUCCGAGGAUGAUCUUUCAGUGUCCGAAUCUGAGGACUCUGCGCUGGUCCGACAAUCGAGGCCAGGACCCAGACCCUUAUAGCUUCCACCAGAUCCUCGCAUCCUGCCCACGGUUAGACGCCCUGGACGUCCAAGGGAUGGCCCUCCCCGAUGACGAUAUCGCAACAUUCCUUACACGGAUGACACAUCCGGCGAGAGAGAUUAUUCUUCCAACGACGAAAUUCCCAUUUGAAGAAGGGCCACGGUUCAUCGGGUUUGGGUUGAAGGCGUUUGAGGCCCUCGCACGACAGCACCUAACGGAGCAGUUGGUGGUGUUGGAUAUAGGUCCGACGAGCGGGUUUGUGACGAGUGGGAUGGUAUUGAAGGUGUUGCAUUCAUGCACGAGGUUGAGGGAGAUUGGGGCGUGUCGGGUUUCGGGUAGGGAUAUUUGUGAGCAGGCCCAGGUGGAGGGGAGGUGGGCGUGUCAUGGAUUGGAGGUGUUCAAUGUGAGGGUGGUGUUCGAGUUGCCUGACGAACAGCUUGUCCAGACACAAGAAGGCGUCUUCCGUCAGCUAUCAGGACUCACCCGCCUGCGCGUAUUGAACGUUGGAACCAGGACCACAACCACCAUCCAACAACAGAUGGACUCUUUAUUCUCGACGGUCCCGAAUGCAGAAGCGGAAGCGGAGUCAAGUCUACAGUUCAAAUUGGAGUAUGGGUUGGCCCAGUUGGCAGGACUAAAGAGGCUAGAGAUUCUUUCUGUGGUUGGCGGUGUGCCGCAGAAGUUGGCGAGGGAGGAUGUGGAGUGGAUGAGGCGGUGGUGGAGAGGGUUGAAGAUUGUUAAGGGGCAGUUGUAUCCGGAGAAGAAGGUGAAUGUGGCGAUAUGGAAUGUGUUGACGAUAAGGGCGAGGUGGCGGGAGGGACAGGAGGAGGAGGCGAAGGACGAGGAGAGGUUUUUGGGUCUGCUUGAUGAGCUUGGUUUUCGGAGUACCGCUGCAGCUGCUAUGACAUAG